CAGCCAGGCGGACACGGCCUGCGCGUCUCCCCUCGUUGCUCCUUCCUCCCCGUUUCGCACAGCACACAACCUCACUUCCGUUCCCAAGGCAUUUGGUGUUAUUCCCACCCAACACUCCACUUGCCCUUUUGAACAAACCCAGGAAACAGUGCUCCGUCUUUAGUCCCUUCGCCAUGUCGUCCCGCAGAAGCACUCGGAAGCGCAAGAGCUAUACUUCCGCCCCCGCUGCUGCUGAUAUCAGCUCCGCCUGGUAUGUCGGCUACGCAGAGGAUGGCGAGUCCGUCGAAGCCAUCAUGCAAAAGUUCCAGGAGCUCGAACGCAUGCAGAUGGAGUUAUCCGCCCAAGGCUCCAGUUCAACCGUCUCAACGACGACCCCGCAAGUUCCUUCCUCCUCUUCCUCGACUCCCCUUACCACCACCACCCCCGACGCGGCUCCAACGCCCAUGGAUACCGACCCGACCACGAGCACCUCGUCCCCCGUCUUAACCACCGACGACAUUCACCAGAUGCAACUACACGCGACAAACACGGACUCGACAUCAACCUCCUUCACGCAGGAGCAGCUGGAGGAACUGUUCAAGCGCACGUCGGGGUUCACGGUGCGCCAGGCGGCGAUGAAUGUGGAUGUGGAGGAACUGGAUGAUAUGGAGCUGUGGAGGAUGGAGAUUGAGGGGGGGGAAGAUGAGGAGUGGGGUGGGGAGAUUGACGAGGAACAUAUAGCGUCGGAAGACGAAUUCUGGGACGACGAGGAGUUUGGCGCACCGGCGCGCAGAGCAGUUCGUCGUGUGGCCGGUGCUGGUGGCGGCGGCGGCGGAUCGCGGUCACGAGCGGUGGAUAGGGAGAGUCUGAUUGCGCGGUACAAGGUGAUGCAGGUGCAGAUGCAGGACCGGCAUGGGAAUUUCUUUGUGAUGAAGAAACGGGUUUGCACGGUCGACCCAACUCUGCCAACAUACGUCCGUAUCCCCCCAGCACCCAUCCCUCGCUCAUGGGUCAAGCUGAUCGCUCCGUACGUGCCGCCGGUCGUAGACGUGCCUGGCAGCAGGUACUUUGAACACCCCGACAUCCUCGGGUUCGACUACAAGCAGCUUGGAAACAGGUUCCAGGUCAUCCAUAUGGAUCCCCCGUUUUUGUUGCCGGGGGAGGAACCCACGCCGGGGAAGAUUAGUGUUGAGGAAUUCAGCACCCUCCCCAUCCCCGCCCUCCUACCGACGGGUUUCCUCUUCAUCUGGGCAGAAAAGGAGCUGACACCCCACAUCAUCACGACCGCAACGCGGAAAUGGGGCUUCCGCUACGUGGAGAAUUUCGCGUGGAUCAAACGCGAACGCAAUAAUGAGAUUGCGAGAGGCCCCGGACGGUAUUUUAGACGGAGUAAAGUGACGUGUUUGAUUUUGAGGAGGGAGGAGAAGCCGGGCGACGUCGAACUCCGCCACCAACGUUCACCCGACUGCGAGUUUGAUUUCAUCAAGCCCUGCAUCACCACUCAAUUAACAGAACAAAAACCAGAAUUCAUCUACAAGGUGAUCGAAACACUCCUCCCACAGGCUGUGUAUGGGGCGGUUGACAAGGAUGGGAGUGGGGAGGGGAAGAGGAGGAAUUUGGAAGGGGAGAGGAUGUUGAGUUUGUGGGAUGUGAAGGGACAUCGACGAAAAGGGUGGACUACUGUCGUGCAGGCGCCUGUGGGGAUAGAUCUAGAAGGGGACGCGGGGCCGGUGGGGAAGUAGGUGGGUUGAGUGCGGUGUACAGAAGGCAGAGAUGGCAGACUUGAACUCUUCUAGCAUGGUGUAGGGGACAUUGGCCGCACAGCAGACGAGCGGUCGAGGAAGAGACGGACGCUUUUGGUCUUUCGGGU